AUGGCCCAGCAGCAGAUGAGCAGUUCGCAGAAGGCGCUGAUGCUGGAGCUGAAGUCGCUGCAGGAGGAGCCGGUAGAGGGCUUCCGUAUCACCCUAGUGGACGAGUCCGACCUCUACAACUGGGAGGUGGCGAUCUUCGGGCCCCCCAACACCCUCUACGAGGGUGGGUACUUCAAGGCUCACAUUAAAUUUCCUAUUGACUAUCCAUAUUCACCACCUACCUUCAGAUUCCUGACCAAAAUGUGGCACCCCAACAUUUAUGAGAAUGGAGAUGUAUGUAUUUCAAUUCUUCACCCACCUGUAGAUGACCCACAAAGUGGAGAGCUGCCAUCUGAGAGGUGGAACCCUACCCAAAAUGUCAGGACUAUCUUACUGAGUGUAAUCUCUUUGCUUAACGAGCCCAACACAUUCUCUCCUGCCAAUGUGGAUGCCUCAGUCAUGUUCAGGAAAUGGAGGGACAGUAAAGGAAAAGACAAGGAAUACGCUGAAAUCAUAAGGAAACAAGUGUUGGCUACCAAAGUUGAGGCAGAGAAGGAUGGCGUGAAGGUCCCCACUACGCUGGCAGAGUACUGCAUCAAAACUAAAGUGCCUUCCAAUGACAACAGUUCAGAUUUGCUUUAUGACGACUUAUAUGAUGAUGACAUUGAUGAUGAAGAUGAGGAGGAGGAGGAUGCUGAUUGUUAUGAUGAUGAUGAUUCUGGCAAUGAGGAGUCGUGA